AUGACUACUUACAACUUCAACGUCGAGAUGUCCUGUGGCGGUUGCUCCAAGGCCAUUAACACUGUCCUCUCAAAGUUGGACGGUGUUUCAAACAUCCAAAUCGAUGUUGCCAAGAAGUCUGUCGUUUGUGAUAGCAGCAAGCUCUCUGCCGAGGAGUUGUUGACCAGCAUCCAAAAGACCGGAAAGAAGGCCUCCAUCGUUGCCUAA